UUUAAAAAUUUUAUUAUCAGUGUAGAAAAUAUUUUCAGACACUUAAAUAAUAUGUGGUGAGUGAGGUGGGAGAUCCUUGUACGCAAUUGGCGGAGCUUCCGAUGAGCGGCUGGUGGAAGUUACCAUGAAACUUCCUCCCCUCUUUCCUCGUCCCUUCUCAAUUUCCAAUUAAUAAUUUCAGCAAAUAUUUCCUCUACGUUUCUUCAAUUCAAUCCAACUCCCUUUCUUUUUCUUUUAAGAUCAUCUUCUCUUUCAUCACCUCCUAGCUAGGUUCAAACAGGUAAGAAUGGCAUGAAUCCGGUUUUGUCUCCCCCUAUCCACAACCUUUAUUAGCGUUUUCCUUCUUUUUUACAGAUUCAAUCCAACUCCCUUUCUUUUUCUUUUAAGAUCAUUUUCUCUUUCAUCACCUCCUAGCUAUGUUCAAACAGGUAGGCAUUCGAUCAAACAAUGGCUGGUAUGCUUCCUGGUGUUGAAUGUGCUAGAAGAAGACGGAUCCACCCCACGGGAGCCUUAUCUGAUUCACCAAGCCCUCCUCCUUAUCGCUUCACAAGGAAAUCCUCUUUUUGUUUGUAUACCACCAACCAGGAUACUCAUUCUUGUUUACAGCAAAGGAGCAUAUUAGAUGAGGCCUGUGAAGAUGAGGAGCUGGGAGGGAUAGCAAGAGAAGCUAAGAAAAGAUUAGAUGAGAGGUUGAGAUCACAACCUAAGAGGCAAAAUAGCAAUGAAAGUGGGAUGAAAGGGGAGUUGCAGUCAAAGAGGAAGAGUGUGAGUUGGCCCAAACUGAGUUGGAAGAAGUGUUAAACUUGACUUGUUGAAUCAAAUUCCAAAGGUAUUCCAACAGGUUGUACAACUUUUCUUUAGUGUACCCAAGAUUACUCUACUGCUUCUACACCAGUUACAGUCUCUCAUUUUGAUUGUUUUUGGAGAUAGAUUCUAUUAUAGAGUUUGGAAAUCCAUGAAUGGAUGUUGUAUUUCUUUUUUGGCUAAAUUGUGUAAAUAUGAUAUGAAAUUAUCAAAUAUAUUAAUAUUUAAAUAUUAGUAUGAUAUGUGUAAAUUAUCCUUAAA